AUGACCGUGUUGAAUAGACCAAUCCAGGCGCUCGUGACGGUCACAGGUCCCCGAACUCCGAAGAGGAUGUCAAAAGAUGACCUUGAUAAGCGAUCCUGGAUGACGGGACCUCGAAGAAAGCCACCUCAGGCCGGGACGUGGGCGCCUUAUCCGACUGCGGAGCCCCUUUCAAGGUGCCCGGAAGGGGGGCUUUCAACUGUGAAGAACGCGCGCGGCCGCUUGCUAUCUUGCAGGUCGAAAAAUUCGAAGAAUUGGUGCGGAAUUCGCGAGCGGAUCGAGAGAGAGGGAGAGAGAGAGAGAGCGCGACGAGGAGCGUCCAGUUCACUGGUCUCAACCAUGGCGGCCCAAUUUGCAACCAUGCCGGUAGCGUCGUCCUCCUCCAGCUUCGGCACUGCCUCGGCUUCUCUCUCUUCAUCCUCCUCUUCUUUCGCUGCCAAUUCCACCACGCUUGUGUCGCUGCGGAGGCGCGUGGUCGUGCCCCUGGCGCGGCCUCGGAACGUGACCAUCCAGGCGAAGGGUGGGUUCAUCCCCGCCGAGCACCGGUGGAUGUACGAGGGCAUUGAGAAGAUGGGACCCGACGUGUGGAACACGACAUACUACCCGAAGGCGGACGAUCACAAGAACGUGGAGAAGAAGUGGUACGUAGUGGACGCAGCUGACAAGCGUCUCGGCCGCUUGGCGUCCACAAUUGCUGUUCACAUCCGCGGAAAGAAUAGCCCUGCGUAUACUCCUUCCACUGACAUGGGCGCUUACGUUGUGGUGAUCAAUGCCGACAAGGUUGCAGUGACGGGCAAGAAGGCAGAGCAGAAGCUGUAUAGAAAGCAUUCUGGUAGGCCCGGAGGCAUGAAAGAGGAGACCUUCGACAAUUUGCAGAAUAGAAUCCCGGAGCGCAUUGUCGAACAUGCAGUACGAGGCAUGUUACCGAAGGGACGGCUGGGCAGACGACUGUUUACUCACCUGAAGGUGUACGAAGGAUCCGACCACCCCCAUGGUGCCCAGCAACCAGCACCUUUGCCCAUUUCAGACAAGAGGAUUAAUAUAGUUCAAUAAACGACAAGCGCUCCUGGAAACCUUGUCAGUGAUUAGGUUUUAGUUGAUGCGUCACCAUAAACUCAUUUAAGCACUGGUUGGAGUGUGACAGUCAAUCUGUUUCCCUUACACGGUGUAUUCUGGAAUACAAGACCGACCUAGAUGAUCUAUUUCCAAAACUGAGGAAAUUCUCCAAGAGAUUAGAGUUGAUCCCGUUGCUAAUUGCUACUGCUUGCUAGUUGCAAUCUUAGCAUGAACAAUACCGUGUAAUGAGUUUCAUGAGUGGAAUGACUUGAGAAUCGUUUGAGCAU